UCCUCUCUGGCCUUCGUCUUCGACACGACUGGCUCCAUGGGCAAUGACCUGAAACAAGUUAGGGAGGGGGCACAGAAAAUUUUCGACGCCGUUCAACGCCGGAAGGACAAGGCAAUCAAUAAUUACGUCUUUGUGCCAUUCAAUGAUCCAGGUGUUGGACCAGCGAUAGUAACAACAGACACGACCUACUUCCAACAAGUCUUGCAAAAUGUGCAAGUUCACGGUGGAGGUGAUUGUCCUGAAUUAUGUUUAACAGGUAUUAAAACGGCUCUGGACCGUGCCUAUCCAAACUCCUUCCUCUAUGUUUUCACCGAUGCUAGCGCUAAGGAUGUUCACCUGCUCAGUGAGGUUCUCAACCUCAUUCAAACUAAGCAGUGUCAGGUGGUGGUGUUCGUGUUAACUGGAGAUUGUAACAAUCCGCAAGAUCCCAGGUUUAUGGCUUAUUUCGAAAUUGCAUCAACCAGUGGUGGCCAGGUAUUCAACCUGCAAAAAGGUCAAGUUAACAAAGUU